CGCGAUGAUGAUAAUUUUGAAGCAUUGUAAUUAUUUUUUUCCUAAAUAAUUACUCCUCUUAAUCAAAAUACUUAUAUACUUAUGUAAUUUCGCUUCGUUUUUGUAUAAUAUUCUUUUCGUAAAAAUUAUAUGCGUCACUUAGUGUUGACUCGAACGUCAUUUUUUUUUUUUUAUUUUGCAGUCAUUAUGAAAUUUGUCCGGAGAAGUGUCGAUAAAUGAUAAUCAAAAACAAGAAUGGCGAUCACUAUUUCAAACUCCGUUCUAACCUCGCCCCGCCCCAACCAGUCCCGUCCCACACUGAGUAUUAAGCCCUGAAACACCUUCUCCAUGUUAUUGCGCAUUAUUAUUACUGCCUUCAUCAUCUUUGCUUCCUUCCCUCCUCAGCUGCAAGUAUUCCCGCGAUGGAGUGGGAGAAGAAGGAAGGACGGGAAAAGAGAAGGCUUGGCGGGGUCUCUGCCUACGAAACAUUUGCCACGCGCUUCCCCUCAUCUCGCCUCGCCGUUUCCCCGUGCGACAAGCAAGACAACGAGGUUUUAUGGUGAGGAAGACCAAAAUUGGCCAAAUUUGGGACAUCUCAAGAAAAUCUAAGGAGAAAACACCACUUUGGGGAAAUUCCUAAAAGGUCAUGAUGCUGAGAGGAGGAGAAGGUCACCAGCACAGUUAAGAUGAGUGACCCUGAUCCUGACCUGCGUGACCUCCACGAUGCCGUGCUGACCUUUGACCCUGCAGUAGUGAGGGCAGCUCUUGACAAGUACAAUGCUGGGUCCAAGGAGAAGCCAUGGUGUGGUGAGGACGGCUCCACACCACUUCACACCAUAUGCAAGUCAGGCAGGACUCACAUUCCACCCUGGCCCUCUACUCCCCCUUCAAAGACUCAGGAGGGGGGUGAGGUGGAUCAGGUGGAAUGGGAGCCUGCCCCCACUCCACCUGCCCCACCAUGGAGUGGAGGGAGUGGAGGGGAGAGGCACCACAGACUCCGCAUGUGCAUUGUGUACAUGCUGUGUGAUGCAGGGAUAGAUGUGAAUGCUGUUGAUGGAUGCGGACUCACACCACUCCACUAUGCUGCCAGGAGAGGUGAUGCAGCCCUGUGUGAUGCGCUGCUGCAGUGUGGCGCUGACCUUGAGGCACAGCAUAAGGGGUGCCCGCUGUGGGUGGAGGUGGCGGCUGCAGCACAGAGAGAGAGAGAGGGAGAGGCACAGCACAGACUCAGCAAGGAAGAAGAGAAACACACAGACAAGAUUAAAGAUGAAAAUGAGAAAAAGAACAGGAACAAAAAAGAGAAAGAGAUAGAGAAGAAAUAUGAACAUGGAGACAAAGCUGAAGAGAAUAAAGAAGAGAAAUACAAAGUUGAUGGAAAUGAACAAGAAAAGUCUAUUCUUAUUCCCUCUCCUGGCCGCCCUCACUGCCCCGCCCAGGCUGUGUGUAGGCUGUUCAGGUUCUACUGGCCGGGGCUGUGGCGUGCUGUGGCUGAGGAGGAUGUGAACAAGGUGCGACAGCUGGUCAAUGCGUGGUGCAAGGUUGACCUGCGGCGAGGGGGCAUGACCCUGCUGGAGGUAGCUCAGAGCACUGCCAAUGAGACCAUCACCUCCCUGCUGCUCUCCAUCCAGCCCUCCCUGGCACUAGUCCACUCCUGCCUAGCCAACAAUCUCCCAGCCGUCUGUGCCUUGCUUGCCUCAUCCGCCCGGCCCAGACUCAACCUGGACAUCCGACGGCUGAGUGAGCGUGCUGCCCCUCUACUGUACUUUGUGGUGCGUGCUGGCCACUACCGCACCGCUGGGGAGCUAUGCCGCCAUGGAGCUUCCUGCCUGGCCCACAUGCUGCCUGAUGGGACAGGACGCAGCCACCCAGAGUCAGCCGUGGUAUUUGAGGCACUGGAGCCAUGGCUGCCUGCUGAGGUGCUGGCCAACAUCCUGCCAUCUCCAGGCUCCCGACAAGCAGAGGCGCUGGCCCGGGCCUGCAGCAGUGGUGGUGGCAGUGUCCUCAGGGUGGCUGUGGAGAGGGGUGUGUCAGCCCAGGCUGUGGAGGCCCUGGUGUGUGUAGGAGGCCCAGCAUUGGUGUGUGAGCGUGAUGCAGAAGGCCUUACCCCACACGACCUGGCCAUCAGACUAGGCCGGCCCCACCUUGCCCAGCUCCUGGACACCCACACCACUGCCUGGCUGGCCACCCCGACCCCACACCCCUCCUGCCGUGCCGCCCUGGCCCUGGGGGGGUACGGCCGGCUGGUGACGCUGGCUGCCGCUGCUGGGGAAGUGGCUGAAGGGGGCUUGGAGGAGGUGAAGGGGUUCCUGGAGGAGUAUUGGAGGUGUCAGGCAUUCCUGGCACAGGUGUUUGCAGCGGUGGGGGAGGGUGUCGGGGAGGCAGUGGUGGCAGAGGUGGUGCAGGGCUACCACAGCGACACCUUCCACCUGUCUGAUGUGCUGUGGAGGGGCCGCCUGCAGGGUGACGGCAUGCCCCUGCUGCACUGGGCAGUCCUGCAUGGCCACCUGGCAGCGCUGGACCUUAUCCUCAAGCCUCCUCAGGGCACUGGUUCCCCCCAACACCCUCCCCUGACCACCAGGUUCUGCCCAGACGAGGUGAGGGACCCAUGGUGUCGCACUGCCCUGCACUAUGCCCUUGCCCUGCAGGGGGGAGGUGCCCUUGCUGCUGCCCUGCUGGAUGCUGGCUGCUCUGAGCAUACUCUGGACAUGUAUGGUCGAGAACCGCUGGACUUCCGAGAUGUGAGAGGAAGCCCUGCCAUGGAGAACCUGCUGGAGAACCUCAGAAACAAGGUGUACGGAGAGCCCCGCCCUGACCCCUGGGACCCCGAGGUGUUGCGCUCCCACCUGCAACACCUGAGGAGACAGCGAUUCCACCAGCACCACCACCAGCACCACAACCACCACCACCACCACAACCACCACCACAACCACCACCACCACCACCACAAGUUCCCCACACCUCCUUCAAGUGACUUCCAUUGGCCACUUCCCCAACCUGCAGGAGAGGAGGAGGAAGAGGAGGAGGAAGAGGAAGAUGAGGAGGAGGAGAGGGAAGGUGGAUGGCGUGUAUGUGUGGUGAUGUGAGGUUUAGGUGUGUGUGUGUGUGUGUGUGUGUGUGUGUGUGUGUGUGUGUGUGUGUGUGUGUGUGUGUAUGUGUGUGUGUGUGUGUGUGUGUGUGUGUAAUGGUGAAUGAAUCCAGUUAGGUACUUAAACAUUUAGAUAAAAAAAAAAAGUGAAAAAGUGCUUACCUGAUCUACCAAAAGUGAAAUGCACAAUUGUUUUUAUUAUUUUCUGCUGUCUGAUCAGCAAGAGACAUGAAUUAAUGAGUAGUUUAAAAAUAGAUGGGAAUAUAUUGACUCGUUAGCUCUACAUUAGCCAAAGUGUAGAAUAUUAACUGUAGUUUUGAUGCCAUUCAUGAUAUUUUUUCCCUAUAUUAAUCAUCAUAAUAAUAACAAUGAUAAUAAUAACAACUACAGUGUCUAUUUGUUGAUGUUAUUUCAUUUACACAUUUAUCAUUAUUUUCUUCUACGUAAGAGGGGUUCAGGUCAAAGAAAUGCCCACAGAAGAUGCCAGUCUCUUACAAUGACCGUCUGAAUGCACAUCUAAAACUUACAUUGUGAAGCAUCUUGAAAUGCCUUUAUUUGGUCUUGAUCCCACAGCACCUGGUUUUGUUCCUGGAAGAUUAGAGAGAAGAGCUUGACUUUUUGAAGCCUUGUUCAUCUCCCCUGCCAAUGGUGAUGCAGGGGGAGCUGUUGAAUUGGUGUCUGUGGAGGUCCUUGAUGCCUCUCUGUGUUAUCUGCUAUGCACUGACUUUUCAGGUUGUGAGGUUGUUGGUUCAUUGUCUUUCUUCUUCGGGCUAUUUCUUUACUAAUGUACAAAGUCUUCUGGUAAUUCCUCAGUCACACCCAUUACAAGCAUGUCUUCUUUUGCAUCCAUAAAUCUUUUCUUACAUCUUCCUCUCUCCUGCUGUGUACAUCUAUCUCCAUCAUCAUCCUCCUCACAUACACUGAGCCUCCAAGCACAGAAGGAUCACAUGUAGAUCAUCUAGUCUUGUGUUGUCUCCUGAUUUUCUUAUUUUAUAUUCUCACCCUCCAGAUAUCACCAGAAUUUCCUUACAAUAUGCCAGGAGUAGUAAAGAAAUGGUUAUAAUAUUUAGUAGCUGUUCAGCUGUUGAUAUUUACAAAGAAUGUUUGACAUAUGAUUUCUUGACAUCCAAGUUAUUCAGGUUUAUAAGUGUGUUCUGUAGCUAUUUGUAGUGUAAUGUAGUUGGUUUACAUUAUAUUUGUGCUUAUUUUUCUUUCAAAUAGCAAUUUUUAGUGUUUUAGUGUAGGAAUAAUUAUUAGAUUCAUCUUUUACUUUUAUACAAUAGUCUUUCACUUUGGAUUAAUGCAGCUUGUCACAAACAGCCACGUAAAGGUCAACAGGUCUGCUGCUGAUUGCUCGUACCUCAUAGUUCACUCCAUGACAUCUAUAGAAACACUCCAUUCAGUUCUUGGCUGCAUCUCUUCAACAUCUUUAACAAUUUUCCUCAAUCUUUUUCACCCUCUUUAGCAUCUUUCCUGUCUUACAUCUAACUAUAUCCUUUUCCACUCUUUAGCACCUUUCCUCAGUUUUACAUCUUCUGGCUACACUCUUUUUUUAUUCUCUUUAGCAUCCUUAUCAGGCUUAUAUUUCUUGGCUACAUUUUUCCACUCUCAUUAGCAUCCUUCCUCAGUCUUACAUCUUCUGGCUACACUCUUUUAUUUUCUUUAGCAUCCUUACUCAGGCUUAUGUUUCUUGCCUACACUCUUUUUUCAUUCUCUUUUAGCAUCCUUCCUCAGGCUUAUGUUCCCUGGCUACACUCUUUUUCAUUCUCUUUAGCACCCUUCCUCGGUCUUACAUCUGCUGGCUACACUCUUUUUUUUAUUCUCUUUAGUAUCCUUUCUCAGGCUUAUGUUUCUUGGUUACACUCUUUUUCACUCUCUUUAGCAUCCUUCCUCAGUCUUAACUCUAAUCUCCUGUGAGUUUCCUUGUAACACGUGCCAACUUGGAUUCUCAGAUCAGGGGACUUAAUAAACAAAAGAAAACAAAGGAAGCUGCAAGAAGCCAUCAGGCCUACAUGUGGCCAAUCCCUGUAUAAAACCUAUCUUCCUUUUUCCACUUAUUAUACUCAUCUAUAUAUUUGUCUAAUCUUCUUUUAAGGCUCCCUAAUGAUUCAACACUAAGAACCUGAUUGAAGAAAACACAUAAAACAGUGGCAGUAAGUGUGUUAGAUUAAUUGAAUGUUGAUAAUUGAGUGUUUUUCUAGUGUCAGUUUUGCCUCAUCUUUGAAAAUGAUGUAUUGUUGAUAGUGUUGAUAGUGUUCUGAAUGCAUUGUUUGAUAGGUAUUGUCACCAUAGCUAGUUGUCAUCACUAUACUUGUCACCAUCACUGCUACUAGCUAUGUUUUCAUUGUCAUCACCAUCACCAACACAGUCACCACCACAGUUAGCUAUGUUUUCACUGUCACCAUCACCAUGAGCUUGUUAUCAUCACCUCCAGUUAUGUUUUUUACUAGUAACACCACUGUCACCACCACAAGCACUGCCAUCACCACCACCACUGCCAACACAAGCAGUAUAGUUGUCAACACCACCACCACCACCACCACCACUGCUAGUCAUUCACACAAAGAUAGGGAAGAUGCAUAAUUGAAAGUAGACAGAUAGCAAAAGUUUAUUAGUUGAAAAAAUAUAGAGAAAUUAAGAGCAUAGAAAUGAACAAUACAAAGAGUAAACUAUUCUUGAUGCCUCACCAAAUAGUUAUGAUUAUUAUGAUGACAGUUAGGAUGUAUUGUGUAAACUGAUGCAGGGUGUUGAAGAGGAAAUAGAAGGAUAAGUACCCAUCACAUCUGUAAAGUUUAGCUGUAGUGGAAGUAAAGAAAAAGGAGAUGAAUGGAUGUAUUUCAAAGUUUGUUCAUGAAAGGCGUGUUUUGUGUGUGUGUGUGUGUGUGUGUGUGUGUGUGUGUGUGUGUGUGUGUGUGUGUGUGUGUGUGUGUGUGUGUGUGUGUGUGUGUGUGUGUGUGUGUGAAGCUACAGAUGAAUUCUUUCUCUAAUAAGAUGGAUGUAAUUGAGUUUAAGAAAAUAAGGGAAGCUGCAAGAAGCCAUCAGACCUACACGUGGCAGUCCUAGUAUAAAACAUGCCCACCUAUUUCCACCUAUCAUCCCCAUCUAUAAAUUUGUCUAAUAUUCUUCUAAAGUUCCCUAAUGACUUACACUAACUUGAUUACUGAGUCCAUUCUGUAAGUCUAUUCUGUAUUCUAUUUGAGAACCAAUUCCUUCCUAUCUCUUUUUUUAUCUAACUUUAUUAAGCUUGAACCAGUUAUUUCUUGUUCUAUCCUGAGUACGAGUACUGUUUAGGAUAAGCAAGAAUAUUCACAGACAGCAAAUUGUGUGGCUGUGUGAAUAUUUGUGAUCAUUAUGUAUGUGCAGACACAUUUUUCAGAUUUAACAGUUUUUCCUUUCAUUUCACUGUUUUUCUCAGAUUUUUAAUGAAACUUUGAUGCAAUUGAUAUGUGAUCGACUUAAAAUGAAUAAUGUUAGUAAUAAUUGUAUGUACAGGCUGUCAGGAAUGUUUCUUUUAUCACCGUUUGUAUGUAUAGGCAGUUGUAAAUCUAUUUUAUCAUUGUUUCAGCAAUAUUUGUAUGCGCAGCCAGUUAUGAAUGUUUAUUUUAUCUUCAUUUCAGGAAUAACUGUAUUCUGUAUUUAACCAUUCUUUCCCCAGUAAUUAUAUGAACAGGCAGUUAUCAAUGCUAUUUUAUCAUCAUUUCAGAGUUAAUUGUAUGUAAAACCAAAUGCUUAUUUUACCAUUAUUUCCUGAUAUGUCGCAAUGUGCCACUAAUCUGGUCUUUCUAAAACAAACAUGCCCUCCA